GCUGAAAUUGACAGACAGGUUCUCACAAAGAAGGAGGGGUCAGUUUCCAUGGUGCAAACACAACACUCCAGACAGUUGACUGCCUGCGAGCCAGUACAGAAGUUCUUAGAUUUCACAGAGGACAUUGCAUUCCAUUAUGGAAUUUACCAAAAUGUCAGACCUGACGAAGCUCCACCAAGCUGUGGCUACAGGGGACUACAACUUAGUGAAAAAGCUUUUGAAGAAAGGUCUCUGUGACCCAAACUACAAGGAUGUGGACUGGAAUGACCGGACCCCACUUCACUGGGCUGCAAUCAAAGGGCAAAUGGAGGUUCUGCACCUCCUGAUAGAAUAUGGAGCCAGACCCUGCCUGGUGACCGAUGUGGGUUGGACCCCAGCUCAUUUUGCAGCUGAGUCAGGCCAUCUGAACGUACUCAAAACUCUCCACGCGCUGCAUGCCGCCAUUGAUGCCCCUGACUUUUUCGGAGACACGCCAAAGAGGAUUGCACAGAUCUAUGGGCAGAAAGCCUGUGUGGCGUUCCUGGAGAAGGCAGAGCCUGAGUGCCUGGACCACCGCCUCGCUGCCCGGCAGAAGGGGCUGCCACUGGAUGAACGAGACGGAGACUGGGAUGCCAAGAAAAGGGAGCUAGAGCUGUCUCUUCCUUCACCGAAUCAAAAUACAAAUAAAAAGAUGAAGAAAAGUCGAGGCCUUGCCAGGCUCAUCUACACCAAACAAAGGAGAGCGUGAGAACACAGAGUCGGAGGGAUUCAAAACUGUGCUUUCUCACAGGGGACCUUUCCUGGUGCCAGAGUAGAGGCUGUUAGAUAUAAAAACUUUUACAUGAUUUUAAUCAUAGUCCUACCCAGUCUGCUUCUGCCAGAAGUUCAUGACCUGUCCUUUAAUUUAAAAGUCUUGCUGUUGACUUUGCUAAAACCUGCUAUACACAAGAGUGACCAGCCAGAGACAAAUGUCAGCUGCCUGCAUUUUGUCAUCGAUUUACACUGUCAGCAUGGCCUGACCUCACCGCCCCCACUCCCAUACACAAAUAUAGAAUUUCAGGGGUCAAAGAAAGAGUUCUUAGGAAAUUCGAUUUUUUCAGUUAAGAAAAAAAUCUCCAACAUAACCUGUUCAUUCAAUCUAUGAAAAAAAAAAUGUUGUUACAUGACCAAACAAAGAGGGGAAGGAAUAUAUCUCCCAAUUUCCAGCUCUUUUUUCCUUUGUGAGUAGAGGCCCAUAAUCCCAGCAUGGACAUGUGUAUCAUGAUAAUUUCUACACAGGAAGAACACUGUGAGCAUAAGCCUGCUCCAUGAGAAAUAACUGGCAACCCUGGCACAAAUCAAUCUCAUCCCAUGUAAACUAAUGAGAAAUACUGCACGAUA